GAACCUGUCGGCGCUGGAGGUGAAGCUGCGAUAUGUGUGUGCGUCUCUGUGUGUGUGUGUGUGUGUGUGUGUGUGUGUAUGCGUGUGCGCGCAACGGGGGCAGCUCCCCACGUGGGGCUGACGCGGCAGCCCCGGCCUGAUCCGGGGCUAUAAAACGGCUCAGCGACGAGCGAAGCAGAGCAGCCUCCGCCGGCUGCAGCCCCGACCCCGCUCCGCUCCGAGCCCGGCAUGAGCCGCGCCCGCCCGCGCCCCCCCGGCCGCCGCCUCUCAGCCCCCGCCCGGGCGGCGCCGCUGUAGGAGCGCGGAGCCCCGCGGAGAGCCGGGUGGGGCAGGGGGCGAAGGGCGGGGGGUGUCCGCGCAGCGGGGUUGAUGUUUAACCCGGAGCGCCCGUUCACGGAGAGGGGCCACUUCUUCUCCUCCAUGGAGUACCAGCGGCAGCUGGAGGAGGAGGAGGGCUACCCGCCUCCCGGCGCCAACGGGACUUUCAACGACAGCGCGGCCGGGCUGGGAUGGAGCAUGCCGUACCCCCUGCACACCACCAUCACCCUCAUCAGCCUGGCGGGCUUGCUCAUGCUCUUCACCGUCUUCGGCAACGUCCUGGUCAUCAUUGCCGUCUUCACCAGCCGGGCGCUGAGGGCCCCCCAGAACCUCUUCCUGGUGUCCCUGGCCUCUGCCGACAUCCUGGUGGCCACCCUGGUCAUCCCCUUCUCCCUGGCCAACGAGCUGAUGGGCUAUUGGUACUUUGGCAAAGUGUGGUGCGAGAUCUACCUGGCGCUGGAUGUGCUCUUCUGCACCUCCUCCAUCGUCCACCUGUGCGCCAUCAGCCUGGACCGCUACUGGUCCAUCACACAAGCCGUCGAGUACAACCUCAAGCGCACCCCGCGCCGCAUCAAGUGCAUCAUCUUCAUCGUCUGGGUCAUCUCAGCCGUCAUUUCCUUCCCACCGCUCAUCUCCAUAGAGAAGAAAAGUGUGCAGAAGGUGAACCAGUGGGCAUCAGGGUGCAAGAUCAAUGACGAGAAGUGGUACAUCAUCUCGUCGAGCAUCGGCUCCUUCUUCACCCCGUGCCUCAUCAUGAUCCUGGUCUACGUGCGCAUCUAUCAGAUAGCCAAGAGACGAACCAGGGUCCCGCUGAACAAGAGGGCGGAGCGCCCAGAGAAAAAGCAGAACGGCUUGGCCGACAAGGAGGACCUGCCAGCCUCAGCCCAGCUCAAUGGGGAGAAAGCAGCCGGAGCUGGUGAUGGGCAGGAGGGAGAGGUCAAUGGCAUAGACAUGGAGGAAACCUCCUCCUCUGAGCACCAGGAGAACAGCCAGCCCAAGAAAGCAGAGAGACCCCUGCGGGGAAAGACCAAGACUAAGCUGAGCCAGAUAAAGCCUGGGGACGCUUUGCCCAGGAAGACAGAGGAGGAGAGGAACACCAAAGGGUCCCGGUGGAGGGGCCGGCAGAACCGGGAGAAGCGCUUCACCUUUGUGCUGGCCGUGGUGAUGGGGGUCUUCGUGCUCUGCUGGUUCCCCUUCUUCUUCACCUACACACUGACUGCAGUCUGCAAGAGCUGCUCUGUGCCUCCCACCCUCUUCAAAUUCUUCUUCUGGUUCGGUUACUGCAAUAGCUCCCUCAACCCAGUCAUCUACACCAUCUUCAACCAGGACUUCAGACGGGCCUUCAAAAGGAUCCUCUGCAGGAUAGAGAGGAAAAGGAUCGUUUGAAGGACCCACAGGAAUGGGCAGGACUAAUAAUUCAAGACUUUGCAAGAGAGUAAGGCACGACUGUCCUUGGGCUGUGCUUGCAUGGGAUGGUUUCCUUCAACUUCUGAGCAGGAAGCCUUCCAAACCCGAGAUGAGCCCACUGAAAUGCCCAACAGCGGCAGCGAGGAGCGGCAGGCAAGUGGAGGUCUGAGCCUGGCACUCAGCUCCCAGGGGAGGAUGGCUUUCGAUUCGCUUGGUUUACUUUGUGAGGUUUCUUUCUUUUGCCACAGAGUCUCUCAGUGGAUGUUUUCAUGACUGCUCAGUUUGACUCUUUAAAGACAGAUGACGCACAGCUCCGUGAAGCGAACAGCAAAGCGGGAGUAUGCCCCCUUCAGAGGUGUUGGCUUUUUGUUUUGUUGUAUCUUCCCCACUCCCCCCCCCACCCCCCCCUCCUGUUGUAUAUGUAAUUAGUUUUAACCCCCUUGUAAAAUACAGUGUUGUAUCUCUGAAUCUGAACGUCUUAAUUUUUGUAAGGCAAGCAGCUUCGAAACUGUGAAUGCUUUAAUUAUGUUUGACACCUGAAAACUCCCUUUCUUCCCACUCCCUGAAAUCCCCCUUUGCUCAAAACCAGCAAAGAGUUAGAGCAGUUUCUCCUGCCUGGCAAGUGGGUAAAAUCACCAACAUUUCCAUUUCCAGUGUCCUGUUGUUGUUCUUUUUUCUAUUUCUAUUUCUUUUCCUUUUUUUCUUUUUUCUUUCUUUUUUUUUUUUUUUUUUGGCUCUAAAGCUGAGGAUCCUGCUCCCCCCCAGGCUAGCUUUUCUUUCAUGUUUUUUUCCCCUUUUCUCUCUGUCCUAACCUGGUUCUGUUGAAUUCAGCGCUGCCCAUGAUAUAAGAAGGCAGAGCUGUAAUUUCCACAUCCCUACCAGUUGCAGCAGAGCCAAGGGGUGGUUGCUGUGCAGGCGGGCACCCAAGGGCUGCUAAGGGCUCUUUCUCAUGCUGUGCAGAGCUUGGGAUCCAGCCAAGCUCCCAGCAACUUCCCCUCGGCUGAUAUAACACCGUAUCAAAGUUCCAACGUGUGUUCAAUGCUAACUCGGUUCCCCCACCCCUGACUGUACAUAGGUAACAUUUCAGAGCAAACGUCAGCGCUCUGUACAUCACACUGUCUUGUUUCUAUUGAUUUUUUUCUGCUGUUUUAACUCCCGCUGCGUUUCCUGCAGGUUUGGUGGCUCUGUGCACACAGCAGUUCCGCCGUUCUGAGCGAGGGAGAGUUAAGUUUGCGAUCUGCUGCUCUCAUCUGUCCUAGGAAAUGACUGAAGCAACCCUCCUUCAGUCUCACGCAGGGCAAAGCUUUGAAAUGGGGAACUUCCCGGCAGGUUCCCUGGUAUUUUAUAGCGUAAGCAAGCUUUUUUUUUUUCUUUUUUUUUCUUUAAUUAAAAAAAAACCAAAAUCAGAAAGUGUAAAUAUUGUGAGGUUGGAGCAGGAGUUAAUGUUGCUUUUACAUUCCUCUCCUGAAAUGUCUUUUUGGCUUUUUCUGCACAAAACUAAAAACACGAACAGAACAAACGUCGCAUCCUCCUGCCAUGGGGAAAUGCCUUGAGAAUGCUGAAAGGAAAAACUUCCUGAUCUCUCUUAAUAAACGGCUCUGCAAGCCUCCUAACGCCACCCAUACAGCUCUUCAGUGCUGACAGAUCGUAGGAACUGCUUGGAGAAAGCAAAGUUUAAGUCUGUCCUAUAGGAUGGAUUUGCCUUCUGUAGAGUUGUGUGGUGCACAGGAAGAGACUUUAAAGCAGCGCCUUUUUACUUUUGGAUGUGUUCUGUUGAUUUUGCUCUCUCCUGACUUUGUAUUCAUUCGGAGGGUGCCCGGAUGCACCCUGGGACCUGGACAGCAGUGUUUACAUUCACUUGCAUUUUCAGAGUUGAAUCCUCAAAAAGGUGAGGAAAGCAAAUAAACCAUGCUUUACUGUAAAAACAAGGCAGAAAACACAAAGCAGAGGUUGCUGCAAUGGAUGAUUAUUUUUUAAUAAAUAAAAGAGUGUUU